AUGCGUCUAAACGUGUUAGUGUCUUUGAAAAUUAUGUAUCAUUCGCCAGAGUUUGGUAUGAGUCCGUUCACUAUAACACAGGAAGUGAGUAACGGAGUGAUCAAGCCAAAAGCUUGUAGACCAACAUUAAACAGUUCUAUAAUAAACUGCCAUUUUAAAGCCAACUCUAAUACUUGUAUAAACAAUAAAGCAACACGAGAUGAGGGGUACAACUCGCAAAAUAUAAGUUCAUCCAGUGCCAUAACCUCAUCAUCUUCGGCUUCAUCUAAUGGUUCAAAUUAUUUCAACGAAAAAUACGAAACAGAAACGGAUGCAAAUGCUCAUUCAACUAGGAAGAUUAGACCGAGACCAAGGAGCAGCACGGCGGCAAGCAUCGGCUAUAAAAAACUCAUCGAAGAUUCCCUUGUUAAAAUAAGCAACCGCCUGUCGGUAUACAAUCAAGACAACAACUUGCAAGAUAAAAACUUUCACUGUGUACCCACUACUGCCGAACAACCUAAGUCACAAUGUAACAAAUUUUGUAAUUCCAAUCUCAAAAAGAUCAUCGACGAUAAAGAAAAUGAAUUAAAUAAACUUCGCGAAAAAAUUGAAUCAAACGAAAAAACUAUUUGCACUUUACACGAACAAAAGGAGAAAGAAUUGAAAAAACAAAUUUCGGAAAUCGAAGAACAAUGGCUUGAAAAACUAAAAAUACAUCAACAAAAAUCAUUCAAACUUGAACAAUCCCUUCUUGUUCAAAUUCUCCAAUUAAAAAAUGAAAAUAACGAUCUAAACGAAAAGUUGUUUCAAUUACAAAAUGACGUACAGUUGUUAAAAAUUGAAAAAGAAGAAGCUAAUAACACUGUUCAUCAACUGAAACAUCAUCUUGAGGAAACUCACAUACAAACAUCAAAAAAACUUGAUGCAAUUGUAUCUUUGAAGUCUCACUCGUACACUAGUUGUAACGAAAAUGUCUAUGAAACUAUAUUUUCUGUUGACAAUUCAAUUAUUUCUCCAAUUCCAAGCUUCAUCAAAAAGAAAAAUAAAUUUGGCUUGAAAAAGGAAAGUUAUGAAUACGGCGGCGGCAACAACAAAAGAAAUUAUGAUGAACAUGAAAACUCGGACCAAACGGCACAGACCGAUGAUUCUGCUUCUACUCUGCAGGAAGUAAUCUCUCAGAUGGAAGAAUUAAAAAAACUCAACCAGUUGCAGCAUAAUUCUUGGCUUAAUGAAAAAAACAGGGUGAUUGAUUAUCAGAAAAAACUACAAGCAAAUUAUUUGAAUGUUUGUCAAGAAAACAGACUUUUAAAAGAUGAAAUUUCAAAACUUAAAAACUAUAACGAGAAAAAGACAUUGUUUGAUUCAAUAGCUACUGAAUCAUUUUGUUGA